ACAGCCCCUUUUUCUAUACACCAUUGCGUGACAUCCUUUACCGCUGCAGGCAUUUCGCUUCGGGAGACAGCGCCGACGUGCGUCCACCAGACACUCGGCUGUCGACCAGGGGCGUCGAGUCGCGCCUCCCCGGCUGGAUCCCGGAGCGGGACCUGCGCGAGGCCGGCUCCUCCUGGGGCGCCCAGCCCAAGCUGAGCCCCGUCAGGAGGUGCUGCCCCGGUGCCAGGCCCGCCAAGACAGCUCGUAUGCAGCGCAAGACGACCGCGGUGACGGCUACCGCCGCGGAGAUGCCCCACCGUCGCCGGUCGUACGAGGACAACUUCGUGAACCGGCAGAGCCAGGAGCUGGCCCGGUUAAGCCUAGCCGAGGAACAGGACGAAGACGAGGUCGAGAUGGCGAGCGCGGAAGCCGCCGCCCCUUCGCGGGAGGCCACCGCCGUCUUCGCCGGCGACGCGUCGGGCGACCAGCGCGCGGUGGCGGCAAGCGUCGACGCAGCGCGGGCCUACAUACCGCGGGGCACGUUCGGCGAGAGAUGGACCCCGACGUGGAUGUAUGGGCCAGCCGUAGUUCCGUUCCGCCCAGCGUGCCGAGAUCUGCGUAAGCCGUAGCGGCAACGCUGCUCACUCCCGCAACGAGCCUGGCACUCAACGUCGUCGAGUCCUUUCGAGUUCCAUGAUUAUUUUGUCCCUUUGACAUUCUGCUAUCGUUUGUACUGCAUAAAGCUUUGAAAGACGCCAUAAACGCCCAUG